GUUGUCAUGAAAAUGUAUGGAGUAAAAAAAAGUAAAUUAACCUAACCUACUAAAAAUUAAAGUAACCAGGCGCCUAAUAAAUUAUAACAAAAAAGCCAGCGAUGACGCGAAGUACUAGCAUUGUUGAUAAAUAUAAAAUAAACAAAACAAGCCAAAAGGCGGGUUUUUUGUCAUGACAAAGAAAAGGACAGUAUAUUUAAUAAAUGUCACUUGGAGAAUUGACAUUUGAUAUUUCAUAAUAUGUCAAAUGUUUACUGAAGUCUGAACUCUGAAAACCAGAAUAAAGAUAUUUGCCAAACAAAUUAGACACUAAUAAUAUUAUAUUAUUAUUUGCUUCACUUCAACGGUAUGCGCUAAUUUAAUAAUAACUCUAUCAAUCAAUGUGUGUAUAAUUAAAGUUAUAAAAAGAAGUAUCUAAUAAAGCAUUCGGUUAGUAUGUUUUCUGCACUGAAAAAGUUAACACGUAGCAAUGAUGAACGCUGCCCGGCUCCUCUACCCAUGUCUUCUUCUUUACAAAAAAAAUUUUCUAGGGGAGUUCAUUAUAACAUGAAAAUACUAAUAAAAGGAGACAGAAAUGUUGGAAAAUCUUGCCUCUUACAACGCCUGCAAGGAGGUUCUUUUAAAGAAGAAUAUACACCAACAGACCAAAUUCAAGUUGCCCCUAUUCACUGGACUUACAAGAAUACAGAUUUUAUAGUUAAGGUGGAAGUGUGGGAAGUUGUUGAUAAAGGGCGCACUAAGAAAAAAGCUCCUUUGGGCUUGAAAUUGGAAAACCAGACUGUUUCCAUACCUGAUGAAGGUCUUGAGACACCAGUAUUAGAUGCUACUUUUCUUGAUGUGUACAAAAAUGCUACUGGUGUUAUAUUGAUGUUGGAUAUUACUAAACCCUGGACUUUUGAUUAUGUUGUCAAAGAGCUCGGCAGGAUUCCAGCUGAUAUGCCAGUUAUGUUACUAGGCAAUCAUUGUGAUAUGCAACAUCACCGUCAAGUCCACUCCCAUCACAUUGAACAAGCAUUACAUAAUGCUAAAAUGACAAGGACUGCACCUAUUCGGUAUGCAGAGUCAUCAAUGAGAAAUGGUUUUGGUUUACGAUUUCUGCAUAAGUUCCUCAGUGUACCAUUUUUAAGACUGCAGAAGACAAGUUUACUGGAACAAUUACAAAGAAAUCAGAAAGAUAUAGAAGAGGUGGAACAAGAACUCAAUGAUUUUCAGAGAUCUGAUGAAUGCCACUACAAUACGUUUGUGGAGCGACUUGCAAACAAACGCCGUCAAAGUACUGAGACCGAGCCGCGGAUUAACGACAGGUCGCCGAGUAUUGUACUCGGGGCCGGGAAGCCCAUAGUACCGCCUAGUGUUAACCCACUCUUAGCCCAAUCGCUAAACGCGCCUCCAAAGCCACCAUCUUCUGAAGAGAAACCAAAACAGACAUCAUAUGUGAGCCAAGAGUUAACGAAUCCUAAAAAUAAUCAAGUCAGCAUGGACACCACGCCCUCGCGAAUACCACAGGAGAGUGGUCCAAGCACUCCAUCAGCAACAAACAUGUCGGUAUCAUCUUCGGGUGCCCUUGAUGAGUUUUACGCAGGUACAUUGGACACCAGCUUUCUGGAGGAUCUGGCACCUGUUAAUACCUCUCAAGAUGUACAGGAAGAUAGCGAGAGCGAUGAAGAAAACACCAUAAAUCCUAGGGUUAUCAUAGACCAAGACGACCUUGACAUAGAUAGUAGUGAAAUUAAACCUGUGGUCACAGACUAUAAUACAGAUGAUAGUCUUACAAACAUGUUUAAGCAAGCAACAAUAAGUAAAAAAGGGGAGGAAAGUUUAAGAAAUAUGUUUAAAAGUGAGGGUAGUUUGGAAAUUGAGGAUCAAAAUGAUGCGUUACCUGUGGAAGAUGAGAAAAAUGUUAUUGCGCAAGAGUUAAGUGAGUACCCACUGUGGGCUGGUGAUUACAGUGCAAGGCGAUCACCUGAAGGGGGAGAAGACCCAGAGCCUAUAGCUAAGGAACCAGAUCAAAAGGAAAAGAAAAAUAAAAAAAAGAAAUCGAAGGACAAAGACAAAGGCGACUACAGCGACCGCUCAGAAAAGAAAGAGAAGAAACACAAGCGAAAGAAGUCACGAACAGAGAAAAAUGGCAAUAGCCAACAAGGACUUUUGGUCCCAACUGUGGCUGAAUUUAAUUAUGAAGAAUACGAUAGCAUUUAGCGUAAACAUACCUCCGUACAUUUAAAUAUAUUCCCCUUUAAUCUCUGGCUUUAUUAUGUUUGUUUAGGAAUUAAUUAUAGUAUGAAUUAACAUAUAAAAAAUCAUAAUAAAUAAUUGUAAUGUCUAGUUGCACUCAUUUAACGAAAGUACUAUUUCGUCUCUGUCUAUCAAAUUGUGUUUACGCUGUGAUAAAAAGAGACAGCUGUGUACUUUAGUUAAAACUGUGCAAUUAGAAUGAUGUAUUUUUUAUGAAGAGGGGUGAGAAUACACCAUCUCAGAUUAAAUUAAAUUUACUUAAUUUAUGUUUAAAUGGCAGUAAAGGUGGACUUCCAUAAAAAUUGCAAAGGGAUUUUUAACUGUAAAAAGCCCUUUAAUUUUUACACGACUUACUUCCUUAUUCAUAUAACUAAAUUUUAAUUAAAGCAUAAUUUGGCAGAAAGAGACGAAUAUUCGUUUAAACGGUGGUUAUUUUAUAUAACGUUGACUAAAGAUGUGUCCGUUUCCAUGGUUACGAUGUUUAUUCGGUAAAGCCAGUUGAGUUAUGAGGUAAUUAAUUAGCCACUUUACCCUUUAAAGAGAUGUGUGUGUCAAAGCUUAUUAAGGUAUAAAGCUUAUGAUUUUUAAGCGAAAUUACAUUCCACAAAUAUUGUUUUGUAUGUGUAGUAUGUGUGUGGCAGUUUUUCAUAUCCGAAACUGAAAAAAGUGUCUGUAUAUAUAUUAUAUAUGUAUACUCUUUUAUACAACAGCUCGAUUAGAGGAACAAUUCAAAAUAAACAUUGUUAAUGUGUUUAUUUUAUUUAAAAAUUACGAGAUUAAAUAUUUUUACUUAUAGGCAUUCUAUUUUUAAUCAGGAGAUAUUAAUGAAUUACCUUUAUUGAGAUGUAAUGAAUUUCUGAAUGUUUCUAGUCAUUUUUGUUUUCGGACGAGUAUUGGAGUUACAUUGUGCCUUUAUUUUAACACAUUGCUUGAUAUUAGCACAGUUUGAAUCUAUUUAUAAUAAUCACUAUAUUGCACUGCUAAUACAAAAUACAUUUGAUAUUUUAAGGUUGGUUGAGAUUACCGGAAUUCGUUUUUAUUCAAGUUUCGAAUUACUUCGUAAUGUACAUUAUAUAUGUAUACAAAUCCAUUUGACAGCCGCUCAUAGACUAAAACGUACGACUCGUAGUAAUAACUAAUAGUAUUUUGAAUAUGGGGUCCCGUGUGUUAGUAGUGGUCACCUCCAUGAAGACUGAUUUGCAGUUAUGUCUGCAUAAUUUACAAAUUUUAUCGUUUCGGAAUAAUUUAGUAAUAGCAAUGCAAUGUCUAUUGUUGUAUGUAAUUUUAAUACAAUUAUUCUAUUGUUAUUUGGUAUACGUGAAAGUGAAUUAUUUAGGUUGUUGUUGGUAAUUGCUUGUUGCAUUUGAAUAAAGUUUUUAUAAUACUGUA